GGGCGCUUUACCCGGAAGCUUGCGGCCUCGGGUCCGGUCCAUUUCUUGUUUCAGGCAGUGGACGACCCUGGGGGGACCCGCGCCCAUCAGUCCGGAGCGCGAGUGCCCGCUAGGGGGUACCCGGCCAGAUUGAAGUCAUGGCCAUUCUUUUUGCCGUUGUUGCCAGGGGAACCACUAUUCUUGCCAAACAUGCUUGGUGUGGAGGAAACUUCCUGGAGGUGACAGAGCAGAUUCUGGCUAAGAUACCUUCUGAAAAUAAUAAACUAACUUACUCUCAUGGCAAUUAUUUGUUUCACUACAUCUGCCAGGACAGGAUUGUGUAUCUUUGCAUCACGGAUGACGAUUUCGAGCGUUCUCGGGCCUUCGGUUUUUUGAAUGAAGUGAAGAAGAGGUUCCAGACCACAUAUGGCUCGAGAGCGCAGACCGCACUUCCCUAUGCCAUGAACAGUGAGUUUUCAAGCGUUCUGGCUGCACAACUGAAGCAUCACUCCGAGAAUCAGAGCCUGGACAGAGUGACAGAGACUCAAGCCCAAGUGGACGAACUGAAAGGCAUCAUGGUCAGAAACAUAGAUCUAGUUGCUCAGCGUGGAGAAAGGCUAGAAUUGCUGAUAGAUAAAACAGAAAACCUCGUAGAUUCGUCCGUCACCUUCAAAACGACCAGCAGGAACCUUGCCCGGGCCAUGUGCGUGAAGAACGUCAAGCUCACUGCCAUCAUCGUCGUCGUAUCGAUUGUGUUCAUCUACAUCAUUGUGUCUCCACUGUGCGGUGGCUUCACGUGGCCAAGCUGUGUGAAGAAAUAAAGGAAAAAAAUCACUGUUCACCAAGGAUGUGAGCAUGGAAGGAGGAAAAGCCAAUGCGUGUGGCCCUGGCUUUCACUUUUCUCAGCAAACGCCAUUUCUUUCAUCCUCUUUCCUUUUUCUCUUUGCCCAUCACACGGUUUGUGUUAACGAAUUUCACAUCGAGUCGUUGUGCACAGGAGAAAGGACAUCGUUUGUUCCUCCGGUUUGUUAAGUAGAAGCUUCUAGAAAGACAUCUUUGCUUCUAACAUGCAAAGCUUUUGCCAAAGUGGAAACGGCUGAGCUCGCGACCUGUCUGUGAACUCACGACCUGUCUGCUAAACCUGUCUGUGACGUUGUGUGUGGACACAAAGCACUGGGAAACGGGUUGCAUCGCUGACAUCUCACUUUAGUCUCUUUCGUUGUGGGAGAAUUUUGAGUGCUUCACAAUAAUGGAGAAAUUUGGGAAUUAUAAUAAAUUACAAUAAAUGGUAGGUGCUGCUUAUGUCCAGGAGCCCAUCCGGGUAACGGUUAACAUUGAAUUUUUAUCUCCAUGAGGUGGGAAAUGCCUUCAAUACCUCAAGGACCAUGGGUUAGCUGGAUCCUAUGGUCCAAUGGGUAGAGCAGCCUAAUGGCAGCCCAGACCUGUUGAAGAGCCGUGGGUUCUAGGCCCCACACAAGCGAGCAUUUUGAUUGACAGACCAUUAGAAGCACAAGGAUGACCCUUCCUUCUCCCAGCUUUGGCUUUCUGAAAUGAAGUCCCGGACAUUAUUUAUUCACUCUGCACAUAGUUUAACACUUUCUGUUUAUCCAUUACCAAUUCGAACUGAGAUUAAGUAAAGGAUUGUGGGUUUUACAUAUUUUCCUUCCAUACAUAUUUGGGGCAAACGUGGUAAUAAAAUUCGUAAUGGAAGAGAGGGGAGGCCAAUGCCUCUGUGUCACCAAAGACAAAGAAUGGAGCCAUACUAGAAGUGCACGCAUUUAACCUCACAACAUACAAUAAUGUGGGAUUUUUUUUUUUUCCCAUUCUGGGAAAAGCCCAAACUGAACACGGUCAGAAGUCAACUCCUCGAUUCAGAUUUGACUUUUUUGAAUGAUGGUUUGAUCUUUCUUUGUGAUUUACCUAAUCCUUCAAUCUGCCUACUUUUGAAUAAUUAAAUUUGAAUUCAGAUUACUUUUGAAUUAAAACAUGAAAGAGUUUUAAUACAUAGUAUAAUAAUAUAGAAACAAUAUAUAAUAUCUUAACAUAUAUUUAUUGUCAUAAGAAAAUCGGAGUGUGAUGUUGCUCCCUCUCCUUUGCCAUCAUUCAGUAGUCGGUGAUUAUCUGAGAAGAAGAAAAUUUUUUUCCUGCCUAUUAUUGAAUUUAUUUAUGAAAAGGUGAAACUGAACAGAAGUGAUGUCUCAUUUUACUCUCUUCCCAGUGAAACAAUAAAUUAGUAUCUUGAACUCAGCCCACUGUUAGCCUAGUCAUGUGCCUUGAAUAUCUGUGUCCUAUAAACAGGAACCUUCCACGUUCACAAUAACUGCUUGAUUUGUUUAGUAAUCGAAUGCACACAGGAACUCUUUUGUUCAUAGGGUAUAAUGCUGUUGUUCUUUCUAGACAUUUUUAUGAGCGCUGUUCAUUGUAAUUAUGUAAUUAUUUCCUAUUAGGAAAUACAUUCACUCUCAAAAGAAAAAAAUUGACAUUCCCAAACAAUGAUUUCAAAUAAAGGCUUAAAAUUUAUUUCUCUUUCUUAUAAAAACUGAAUAAGAUUUUUGUGCAUGCUUUAGGGUUUAAUUACUUAAGAGCUUCUUGUUCUAUUUAUGAGUAGGAAUGCUUUCAAAGGCACAAGUAUCCAUGUGAAUGAUACACAAAUUAAAGACUUAAUAAAAUUUAAGAAUACUACAUCGAGUUUCUUCUUGGCCAAGUACGUUCAAAUCACGAUGCCUCACUUCACAUCAAACCACAGAUAAUUUGUACUUGAAGAAAGAGGUUGAGCUCAAUGUUCUGAUAUUUCUAAGUUAAUUAUUAUAUUUCUAUAAUAGCAGUAAAAAUUUUAUGUAAAAUAA